AUGCGGUCUCAAGGGCCAGUUCCUAUUGCCAUUAUCGGCAUGGGCUGCCGAUACCCUGGUGGAGCCAAUAGCCCAGAAGAACUAUGGAAUGUUGUUUCUGAGGGUCGAAGCGGUUGGAGUGACGUCCCAUCAGAUAGAUUCAACCAUCAGGCAUUCUAUCACCCUGAUCCAGAGAUUCCAGGCACUAUUAACCAAAAAGGAGGACACUUCAUAGAUCAAGACAUUGCUACUUUUGAUGCUGGAUUCUUUGGAAUAGCGCAACAAGAAGCAGAUACACUCGAUCCCCAGCAGCGAGUUGUUUUAGAGACUACUUGGGAGGCAGUCGAGAAUGCAGGCAUUCCGAUGCAUAAGUUUAAGGGGUCGGACACGGGAAUCUUUGUUGCCAUGUUCGGUCAUGACUUUGCACAGAUAAUACACAAAGAUCCAGAAGCUGUUUCCAAAUAUCACAAUCUCGGUGUGGCUCGGCCAUUGCUGGCGAACCGUGUUUCUUACGUCUUUGACCUUCAAGGCCCUUCAGUCAUGGUAGAUACUGCCUGCUCUGGUAGCUUGGCUGCUAUCAGCUUAGCAUGCCAAAGUCUGCGAUCUGGAGAGACAUCCACGGCAUUAGCAGGUGGUGUGAAUCUGGUAUUCUCUCCUGACCAGAUGGCGUUAAUGUCAAUGACUGGACUAUUCAAUGAUCAAGGAAGAUCUUAUACGUUUGACGACCGCGGUAACGGCUAUGGCCGCGGAGAGGGUGUAGGAAUGGUAAUCCUCAAGCGAUUGGACGAUGCCAUCCGAGAUGGGGACAGCGUGCGAGCCAUUAUACGGAAUUCAGGAAUCAACUCUGAUGGCCGUACAAACGGAAUAAUGCUGCCUAAUCAGGACGCGCAAGAGCGUCUUGCGAAACGCCUCUUCCAAAAUCUUCCCUUCAAGCCCUCUGACGUGCAAUACGUAGAGGCUCAUGGCACAGGAACCAAAGCUGGCGACAAAGUGGAAAUAAAUACGAUCCGGAACGUGUUUUGCGAAGACCGCGAUGGACAAGAUCCCGUCUUCGUGGGCGCUACAAAGCCAAACAUUGGACAUUCUGAAGCUGCCAGCGGCACGGCGGGCCUCAUUAAGACAGUCAUGGCGAUGGAGAAGGGCUUCAUUCCCCCGAACAUACUACUAGAGAAUUUCAAGCCCGGAUUGGAACCUGAUGGGCAGUAUAUGAAGAUUGCGCGGUCACUCACGCCUUGGCCAACCACGCCGUCUACGCGGAAAGCGGUAGUCAACAGCUUUGGGUUUGGAGGCACAAAUGCCAUGUUGCUUCUAGAAUCAGCUCAUGGCUAUGAUGGAGUCACUAACCAUGAAAAUGGAAAUGCGGCUACGGAAAACGGCACACAAAACGGUACAUUAAACGGCAACAUAAAUGGCAAUACCGAUAUGAAGAAAAAUGGAAAGACGAUUCCGCAUUUUUUCCCAAUAUCUGCUAGAUCCGAAUAUUCUCUACAGAGUGCCAUCAAGGAUCUUGGCGAAUAUUUGAAGCGUCACCCCGACGUUCGGCUCGAUCACCUUUCUCACACCUUGGUUAAACGGAGAUCAAAAUUCCAGUGGCGCUCUAGUAUUAUUGCCGAAGACAUUGAUUCCUUGCUUCAGGGCCUUGGCGCAAAGGACUUGGCACGAAACAAGGCGUCUAACAAACUAGCAAACGCCUUUGUCUUCACCGGGCAGGGCGCGCAGUGGGCAAGAAUGGGCUAUACUCUUCUACAGUCUGAACACACGGCUUUUGCUCGAUCAGUGGCAAUCUCAGAAAAGUUACUCAAGGGAUUCGGCGCACAAUGGAGUCUGACCGAGGAGCUAUCUCGAGACGACUCUUCAAGCCGUCUGAACAAUAGUGAAUAUGGUCAGCCGGCAAGCACCGCUGUGCAGAUAGCUCUUGUUGAUCUUUUGAAGAGUUGGAAUGUCUUGCCUGCGGCGGUAGUUGGCCACUCCAGCGGUGAAAUAGCCGCUGCAUAUGCCGCUGGUGCCAUCUCUCAGAGUGCGGCAAUGUUUGCAUCGUACCACAGAAGCUUCUUGGCUGAAAAAUCGAAACAACGUUCAGAUCAAAGCGGAACGAUGAUGGCUGUCGGCCUUGGAAACGAGGAUGCGCAGAAGUAUAUCGAGAAAUUCGACAUUCAGGGUGUUACGGUGGCUUGUAUCAACAGCCCUUCUAGUGUUACAGUAUCUGGUGACUUGAGUGGAAUCGUGGCUUUGAAGGAUGCCCUCGACGCUGACGGAGUUUUUAAUCGCCGUCUUAAAGUUGAUACUGCGUAUCACUCUCAUCAUAUGCAACUUGUAAGCUCCGACUAUCUGCAGGAACUGGAGGGACUCGAAUCAGGACCGGUAGACACUGCCAUCCGCUAUUUCUCGAGUGUCACAGAGCAAGAGAAGUUUGAUGGCUUCGGAGCCUCAUACUGGGUAGACAACUUGGUAUCGCCUGUCCGAUUCUGCGGCGCUUUACGAACCUUGUAUCGAGAAUUGAGGCAGUCAGCAGUCAACAUUAUUGAAAUCGGCCCGCACGCAGCUUUGUCAAGCCCAAUCAAGCAGACACUGGCGGACCUUCAAGCCGAUGGUUCUUCAUACAACUACAUUCCAACGUUGGUUCGUGGCGAAAACAGUAUCAAAUCUCUCAUGAACACAGGAUCAGCUCUAUUCCGCAGUGGCAAUGACCAUCUCGAUAUUGGGGCUGUCGCUGCACUCUGCAGACCGAAGUCAUCCUCCCUAAGAGUUUUACGAGACUUGCCAUCCUACCACUGGAAUCACACAGAAACCCACUGGAUGGAAUCGAGAUUAAGUCGCGAGUAUAGGUGUAGAAAACACCCUUCGCACGAUCUGCUAGGCUCUCGAGUCAUUGCAUCGCCGGACAGUCAGCCCAGCUGGCGGAUACUUCUGAGCACCGAAAGAUUACCGUGGCUACAAGACCAUGUUGUCGACAACUUCAUCGUCUUUCCCGCUGCUGGAUACAUGACAAUGGCAAUUCAGGCGAUACAACAACUGGACCAGGACCGUCGACAAGACUUCAAGCCUAAAGGCUAUAGAAUAAAGAAUGUCUCUUUCAAGAAGACUUUGACUAUUCCCAAAGACGACACAUCGGUCGAGACAAUCUUAACAUUCCAAUAUUCUGAUACAAACGAGAAUUGGAAUUUCUCCGUCUCCUCAAUGUCAGAUCAAGGCAAAUGGCAAGACCACUGCAACGGCACGAUAUCCGCCGUGUUUGACAAUGACAAGGAUGAGAUUGAGCAACAACGCGAAGCAGAGUUUGAUCGCAAGUCUCAAGCAUCUCGCUUGGAAGACGCGGCCGCAGCUUGCACCAACGUCAUUUCACACAAGGAGUUAUACGCUCAGAUGGCGGCAACAGGCAAUCAAUAUGGACCUUCUUUUGCCAUCAAUAACGAGGUCCGGAUGACAGCAUUUCAAUCUUUAAAUGACCUUGUUAUCCCAGAUAUCGCUGCCAAGAUGCCCAGUGGAUAUAUGCAGCCGCAUCUCAUUCAUCCCACAACGCUCGAUGGCAUCAUUCAGUCUUGUCUUCCUGUGUUUCAGCAGCAUUCCAAUAAAGGCUCGGUGAUGCCCAUUUUUAUUAGCGACAUAUUCAUUUCCGCAAGCAUCGCCAAUCAAGCUGGUAAUCAUCUUCAAACGUUGUGUAACUUAAGUAACGUCUUUCCCACGUCGACAAACUUUAGUACCGCAGUCUUCCAGACAGAGAAUAAUGGCACACCACAGUGCGUUCUAACUAUGAAUGGUGGCGAGAUUCGCGUUGUCGGAGAGGCUCAAUCUACUGAAGUGCUUCACAACGAUAACAUCUUUAAGAUGGAAUGGGGAGUUGACAGCUCUUCAAUUACGCCCGAAAUGUUGGAACGCGUUCAAAUUCCCUUACAGUCCGACGAAGCUGGGAUAACACAGGCAGAGAAAGUCAAUCUCACUUUUGUUGCUUGCGCCCGGUAUAUCGACUGGGCUGUCAGGGAAAUGCAUGAGCGUGGAUUAGCAGUAAAAGACGACCACAGAGUCAACUGGUGGCGGCUUUUGAAGAAUUUUGUCAGUUCAGAGAUGGGCAAGUCGCUCAUCGAAAAGAGCCCCAGCACUAAAGAGGAGCUGGACAAGCUUACAUCCAGACUUGGAGUCGAAGGAGAGGCUGUAGCUCGAAUCGGACCGGAAUUGGUUCCUCUGUUGACAGGCCAAACAGAUCCCCUCACUCACUUCUUGAAAGACGAUCUCCUGUUUCGUGUAUACCAUUCUGAUGAAGGAGCCCGACCUAACCAGUACAUGGCCGACUACGUCAAAAUGUUGACUUUCCAAAGACGAGAUUUGCGCAUCUUGGAAAUCGGCGCUGGAACUGGCGGUACGACUUAUCGAAUUCUGAAAGCAUGUAGCCCCAAUGGCGAAAGCUUCUGCUCGGAAUACAUGUACACCGACAUAUCCUCCGGAUUCUUUGAGGCUGUGCGAACAGACCGAUUAAAAGACUGGGCGCACCUAUUGACGUUUCAGACUCUGGAUCUGGAAAAGGAUGCAGCGAGUCAAGGGUUCAAAGAACAAUCAUAUGAUCUAGUCGUUGCGGCCAACGUUGUCCACGCAACACGGUCUUUGAACAAGUCAAUUCGGACAAUCCACAAGCUACUAAAGCCUGGCGGUGUCCUUGGCCUUGUAGAACUUACUACGUCAACGCCGUACAUCAACAUGACUUUUGGCUCUAUCCCGGGCUGGUGGGCUGGUGUUGACGAAGGCCGGACUGACAGCCCACUGCAGUCUGCUGAGCAGUGGAACGUGCAUCUACAGAAAGCCGGUUUCUCUGGCGUUGAUUUAGCUGCCUAUGAUCUGCCGGAACCUGAGAGACAUUGUGCUCUAUUGUUAUCAACUGCACUUGCACUUCCUUCUGCGACAAAUGGACAUGUUCCUUCUCACUUCAAGAUAUUAGAUGCUUUUGCUGAUGAUGAAAGCCCAUCAUAUAACUCAUUCUCUGUGAAAUUUGCAAAUGGCUUGACUGAGAAAGGCUUCGGGGCUUCUUUGGAGCAAUGGACUAAUGCUGAAGUCAACUGCUCAAGCUCUUACAUCAUUCUUGAUUCUGCAAAACAGCCUCUUCUAACAAAAGCGUCUACUGAGCAAUUUACCAGUAUCACUCGCCUACUAUCCAAAGCUACUAAAGUAUAUUGGGUCAUCUUCGCUGCAAACGACGAUGAUGGCAUUUCACCAGACAAUGCACUAAUCACAGGAGUCUCACGAACGGCACGAAAUGAGAAUCCCCACCUUGACUGCUUCACUAUUGAUGUGCAAGACUCUCUGGAACAGCACGCUGAUCGGAUACAGAAUGCACUCUUAGACUUCGUUCACACCACCGAAACCAGAAUCAGGAAAAAUGAACCGAGGGAGUUUGAGCUCAUGUAUAGAGAUGGGAAAAUGCAAAUCCAACGCUUUGUCGCUGACAAUAAGCUAUCAAAAGCUGUUUCCACCAGUUCUGAUGUUACAGAGACUGAAGAAACAACUUUCCAUCAAGCCGAUCGACGUCUGAAGAUCCAUGUCGACAAACCCGGCCUGUUAAAUAGCCUGGUAUUUAUUGACGAUGACUCUUCCACUCUCGGUCCCGAUGAAGUUGAAAUCAAGUCUUACGCCUGGGGCCUCAACUUUUCAGACGUCUUCAUUGCCCUAGGCCAACUACCACCCACGCAACCCAUGGUUGGCGAAAGCGCUGGAAUUAUCACGGCUAUUGGUUGCAACUUUGCAUCACAAUUCAAGCUUGGCGAUCGAGUAACAGCCAUGUUUGGCACUCCUUACGCAAGUCGGACGAGAACAAAUGGUCAUUUGGUCCAUCGCAUACCCGAUAACCUGUCAUUCACAGAUGCCGCUUCAAUUCCAUUAACAUUUGCGACAGCUUACUACUCGCUCUUUGACUCCGCCAAUCUUCGCCAGGGCCAGACAAUACUAAUACACUCUGCUUCCGGUGCAUUGGGUCAAGUAGCCAUAAAGAUUGCUCAAAGACUUGGAGCAACAAUAUUUGCAAGUGUUGGAAGUGCAUCCAAGCGGCAACUACUCAUCGAGCAGUACGGCAUCCCUGAGAGUCACAUCUUCAGCAGUCGCACAACCGAUUUCGCAGCAGGGGUCAAUCGGCUUACCAAUGGAACUGGCGUAGACGUGGUUCUAAACUCUCUAUCAGGGCCCAUGCUUCACGCUUCGUGGGAAUGUGUCGCUGCCUUUGGAACGUUUGUCGAAGUUGGCAAGACGGAUAUUUCCCGACGCAGCCAGCUGAGCAUGAAGCCAUUUGAGAGAAACUUGCGAUUCAUGAGCGUGGAUCUUGUUGGACUUUCGAAACAGCGACCGGCUGAGUGCCAAAAGUUGCUGCAGAGAAUCUUUGCUGAUUUUGACGCCGGACUAUUUACGCCACUCUCUGUUACCGCAAUGCCAAUAGGCGAUAUUGAGAAGGCUUUCAGAUUGAUGCAGAGCAGGAAGCAUACCGGAAAGAUUGUAUUAGAAGCCACAGAUAGUUCGACUGUUGAAGCCAAAGAGCAGCCAUUCCGACUACAUUCUGACGGAACUUAUAUCAUUGUAGGUGGGCUGGGAAGUCUGGGAAAGCAUCUGUGCCGCCAUCUCCAGGAGAAAGGCGCGAGGCAUAUUGCAUUAUUCACACGACAGAGUUACCAAAAGGUUGCCAAGGCAGAGAUGGAGAAAGAGCUGACAGCAGUUCCAGAAGCUACUGUUAGGAUUAUAACGUGCGAUGUGGGUGAUGCGAAAAUGGUACAGCAAGUAGCCGCAGAACUGUCUCGAUCUAUGCCGCAGGUACGAGGUAUUCUCCAUGGCGGCAUGGUACUUUCGGACCGGACACUGUCGCAGAUAACACAAAAGGAUUUUGAGAUUGCUCUUUUGCCUAAGUAUCACGGCACAGUCAACAUCUACAACGCCUUUUACCAUAAAGACGUCGAUUUCUUUGUCAAUCUUUCGUCCCUCUGCGGCAUCGUUGGUACGCUGGGACAGUCCAAUUACGCUGCAGGAGGCACGUACCAGGACAUGUUCACUCACGCCCAAGUCUCUGCCGGUUAUACGAAGUUUGCGACUAUUGACUUUCCACUAAUCAAAAGCACGUAUACAGUCACACAGGAGCACACGCACUCCUUAGGUAGACAAGGUGUUCAGCUUCUCCCUAUUGAGACUGCUCUCCCAGUUGUUGACUAUGUGAUGAGCGGGAAGGCAUUCAAAGAUGGCAAUCACCAAAUAGCAUUUGGGCUUGAUCCACAGUCAUUCAUCAACCAAACAACGCCAGGUGGUAGAGUGCCGCCGCUUGUGUCUCACAUAUUGUCUUCUCAUAACAGAGGCCCCGCGCACCAAACAGGACAAGCGGAUGAACGUACAGCGGAAGAAAAAGUCGCUGUUGCAUCAACAAUUGAAGAGGCAGAGCAGCUGAUACUGACUGCAAUUAGAGAGAAAAUAGCCUCACUUACUGUCCUUGAGUCUCAAGAACUUGAUCUGGAUCAAGCCGUUGCCAAUAUGGGCCUCGACUCUCUUGUUGCGACCGAGAUCAAGAACUGGAUUACCAACAAGCUACAAGCCCCAGCCCAAACUUCUGACAUUUUGGAUGCCCCAAGCCUGCGGUCACUUGCGUCUUUUGUCACAAAAAGCUCUGUCCUCGUGAAGAACAAGUUCAAGCCGGAGGGUAUUAACGGACAUAGUGAGACAAAGGCAGAUACGAAUGACGAUAGCAACAGUGUAAAACAAGUCUCUCUUCCCAAAUAUCCCAUGCAAACUUUGGAGGGAACAUUGGAGAUAUUCCUCGAUUCCGUGGGCCAUAUCGCCAAUGCUGAAGAGCUAUCGCGCACUCGAGAAGCGAUCAACGCGUUCCAAGACCCCGACGGACUGGGCCAAAAACUGCAAGCGAGGCUUAAAAACAUGUCAGGUGGUGAAGGCGAGAAUAAUGAGGUUGUGGACAUGUAUGUCAGAAACAAGUGGCUUCGUGGGCGAGACUGGCGACCCAGACUUCGAAACUUUUUUGCGACUCUUCCUGGACAAGAUACAGCUCGACAGCCGCAGGCACAACAAGCAGCACAGCUUUCGCUCGCGGGUUAUGCGUAUAAAUUGGCACUCGAUGCGGGAACAAUUAAGCAAGACUUUUAUCAUGAACAAGCAUUGGACAUGGCUACUGUUUACUGGCUAUUCAGCUCAAAUCGUACUCCAGCGCUUGGCUGCGACGGUUAUGAUCGAUUCCCAGAGAGCGAUUAUAUCAUCGCGAUGAAACGCGGACACGCAUAUAAGAUCCCUCUCACGGGCCACAACGGACAGACUGUAACAUACGAGAAGCUGAAGAAUGUCUUUGAAGCCAUUGUGCAGCAAACUCCCGAGGAAACGAAUUGGACUAGUCUACUCACCACUGCAAAUCGAGAUGAGUGGGCAAAGGCCCGUGAUGAAAUAUUGUCGGCAAGUCAAAGCGGCCGCAACUAUGUCAAGACUGUCGAAGAGUCGCUCUUUAUUAUUUACCUCGAAGAUACAGCUCCAGAGACAGCAGAUGGCCGCGCAGAUGCUUUCCUUCUCGACGACAAUUCCAACCGCUGGCUAGACAAAACCCUUUCAUUUGUGGUUUGUCGUAACGGCGUAUCUGCUAUCUGGGGCGAGCACACCAUGGUCGACGGCACUACAUUCGGCGGUCUAAUAAAAGCUCUCAACUCGCCAGCUGUCGAACAGGUGGAGCUAUCUAAUGGCUCAACUACUUCCAACUCGGUGCUUGAUGGUGACUUUACAUAUCUCGAAUUCACACUGCCAACAACUCUGUCAAAGAUCAUCCCUGCUCUCCAAACUCAGCAUCAGUCAGCUCAUGACGGCUAUACUCUCGCCAACCUAAACCAGACAUCUUACGCAGCCUCUUAUCUCAGACAUCAAAAGCUUCCACCUAAGACAGUCAUCCAGCUCCUGAUCCAGGUAGCUGUUCGCCGUCUCUUCGGAUACAACCCCUCAGGAGCGGUGGACGUCAUCUCGCAGCGCCCAUUCCGUGGUGGACGAACAGACAUGAUCUACGUGAUGACGCCGCCUGUGGAAGCAUUUUGCGCCGCAGCUGAAGACUCAAAUAUCAGUGGUGUCGAAAAGCGAAGACUCUUCUUGGAAGCUGUAAAGUCGCACGCGCGGCUGGUAGCGCUGUCAACUCGCGGAAGAGGAUUUAGGUGGCAUCUGAUGGCACUUCGCGAGAUGUUGGAGCCUGGCGAAGAGCUGCCUAUUUUCUACAAGGACGAGGUGUUCAGAAGGACAAGCGAGAGACCAGUCUGCACCAGCUUCACAGAAUUCGGACUGCCGGAGAUGGGCAGGUGUCAGCCUCAUAAGGAGGACGUAUGGGUUGGUGUCCAAGUCUUUGACGAGAAGGUGCAAUUCACUGUAAUUAACGGUGAGAGAAAGUCGGCAGAGUUUGUGGAGCAUUUAAAGGCGGCUGGUGAGAUUGUCAGAGGCAUUAUAGAGGCCGCAUGA